GAACCAAUAGAAGAAAAAGACGAACUGGACCCCCUAGAUCAAUUCAAAGGAAAGAAACCCGAACGGGCCGAACCAAGCAAAGACACGAAGACGAUCUAUCUUGAUGAACCAGCCUGCACCAAGUCAUUACGCAUCGGACGCAACAUGGGCGAACCCAUCCGGUCCAGGUUAAUUACUUUUUUAAUCGAAAACGCAGAUGUCUUCGCCUGGACGCAUGAAGAUAUGGUGGGGAUCGAUCCAGACUUAGCAUGCCAUAGCCUUCGGGUUGACCGAACGGUAAAGCCAAUCGUGCAGAAAAGGAGGAAGUUGGGACCAGAACGACAAAGAGCGCUCGAGGGGGAAGUAAUAAAGCUGAUUGACAACAGGUUCGUUCGCGAAGCCAAGUACCCGGUUUGGGUAUCCAAUCCGGUCCUGGUAAAGAAGAACAGUGGGAC